UCACCGGAGAGCAAGCUUUGACUGUGGCCUGUCUGAGGGGCUGUGAUUAUUCACCCUCCUACCUCAGAGCCUAGUGUUGAGUCUGGCGCUUCUCAGGCACUCAGGGACUUUUGAAUGAAUGAAGGAACAGUUAGAAGAAGGGAGGGAGGGAAGCAGGAAGGGAAGAUGGGUGAUCAGUAGGACUUGGUGAUGCACUGGCAGCUCCAGGCAAAUGUCAGCGAAUCCCAAUCCAGGGUCAGGAACGGAGGCUCGCCCUUCUUUACCUCCACAGACGUCACGGGGUCAUCACACACAAGGAAACUCAUUCUUCUGAUUCUACUGGGUCAUGGAGACUAAGCCUGCAUUCGACAACCUCUCAGUCCAAAUAACCAAGACAGAAGAGUGUGUUUCCUUCAUGGUCUUUCUUGUGGCUGGCCCUGUGCAGUUUGUGUACUUGUUGAGAGCUUUGACUGUCUUUGACGCUGUUUUUGCUGAACUGGGUUUUUCCGAGACCCUCUCUCCUCAUAGGCUCAGUUUCACCCUGCCAUCUGCAGUCGGCCAGUUUCGGUGGCAGAAGAGGCCACAACUGCUUCCUGUCGGCCUCCUGGGCAGAAGCAUGCAGUGGUGUCUCCUCCUGAUCUGGGCCCAGGGGCUGAGGCAGGCUCCCCUCCCCGCCUCAGGCGCCGUGACAGGCAGAAUAGUAACAACGGGGAACAUUUCUGCAGAGGAAGGUGGCUCUGUCACCUUACAGUGUCACCUCUCCUCCACCACUGCCAAAGUGACUCAAGUCAACUGGGAGCAGCAGGACCACGCCCUGGCCAUUCAUCACACUAACUUGGGGUGGCACAUCGACCCAGCCUUCACAGAGCGAGUGGUCCCAGGCCCCCACCUGGGCCUCACCCUCCGGUUGCUGACCAUGAACGACACAGGAGAGUACUCCUGUAUCUAUCACACCUACCCUGACGGGAUUUACAAAGGGAUACUCUUUCUGGAAGUCCUACAAAGCUCAGUGGCUGAGCACAGCGCUGGGUUCCUGGUCCCUUUGCUUGGAGCCACGGCCACAGCGCUGGUGGUCAUCUGCACAGCAGUCAUUGUGGUGGUCACAGUGGCCCGAAAGAUUUGCUCAGACCUUGAGGAGGGAGCUGGCCUUUUGAAAACCCACCUCAGUCAGUCAUUGAUUGCUGGCUGCUCGCCCAGAGAGAUCCAAGAGCGAUUCUCCAGAGGAAGAGCAGCUGUGAGCCACUCACAGCUUAGACUCCUCGUCUCUGGGGAUUGGGAGCACCGGUCUGGUGGGGAGGAUAUCUGAGCUGGGCACCAACAGCUUUCCCUGCAGCCCCCAAGAGCCAGUGGACUGCAUUAUUUAGGAGGAUGGCUUUUGGAAUCAGACAGAACUAGGUUUUGGAUCCUGGCUCUGACACUUGGGUAACUGUGCCACCUAACUUUGCCGAGUCUCAGCUUCUUCAUUGGUAAAGUGGGAAGAAUUAUGGUACUGCCCUAUUUGGGUUGUAGAAAAAGUUACGUCAAAUAAUUCAUGUAAGCCAGCUGGCAUUUUUCCUGGCGUGUAUUUAUUAAGCUCUUAUCAUUAUCAUAAAAUUUACUGACUGUAGCACUUCAUGAUACCUGGUGCUCAAUAAAUAGUUAUAUUGCAUAGAUUGAUCAUGACUGAAUGAAUGAUUAUUUCUUGCUAAGCAACUGCUGAGAAAACUGCUCCCAGGGGACCUUCUGUGAGGGAAAAGAGAGAUGGGUGUGUCCUGCUCCAGGACAAUGACUACCAGCUGUUGUCAGGUUCUCCAAGAGGGCCGUGUUGGUCCUGCAGACCUCCAUAGCUCCCUUUGGUCCUUUAGAACAACGUCAGUGCAUUAACCCCAGACUUGUUUUAUACACUGAUUACAAUGACAGGGUCCCCUUUACAGUCAUAGAAAAUAAACUUACGGUUACUAAAGGGGGAGGUGGGGGAGUAAAUUAAGAGUUUGAGAUUAACAUAUACAAUAUAUACUAUAUACAAAAUACAUAAACAACAAGGACCUACUGCGUAGCACAGGGAACUAUAUUCAAUAUCUUGUAAUGACCUAUAAUGGAAAAUAAAAAGAAUACAUGUAUGUAUACGUAUAACUGAAUCACUUUGCUGUACACCUGAAACUAACCCAACAUUGUAAAUCAACUAUAUUUCAAUUAAAAAACAAACAAACAAACAAACAAAACCAAUUACGAAGUUCCCUACACAGGAUGGGAUGGAAACAGAACAGCUGAAAGACCCCCUCAGGCAUGUUUGCUUUUCCCAGAGGGCUGCUGGAAGCCAAAACAGUCCUAAGAUUCAAAGGCAAGGGCAGGCAGUCUAAGAAUGCAGAUGAGAACACACCAAUUCAAAAGGUCGCACAGCUCUGAGACAGACUUGAGCAUCUAUAGGAUUAAAAUGGAGAGAGCUGCAUCAAGGGAUGUAGUGUUUCUUUUAAUUACAGCAUCAGCGUGACCUACAAUGACCCUCCUUUUCUUCACACCUACAGUUAAGGUACAGCCACUUCUACUGAAAAGAAAUGAAUGAAACAGUGCGUGAGCCCAGCUCAGCCUGCGGUGUGGCCCCACCCCGGCUCUGUGACACGUGUUCACGGCGCCCACCCGCGCCGCCCCGGCCGCCCUCCCGCUCACACUCUGCUCGUAUUCAUGCUCUGCUGCGCUUGGCACCAGCCGAUGAGGAUGGUGCCGGUUCCUAUCCUGGGAGCAGUGGGCUGGGCAGAAUGAAGUUUGGCUGGUGUUUGUUGUUAUUUCCCAAGCCUGGGUGUGGCUCUCUGUGACUCUGCCGUUUGGACGUACGGAGGGGCUGGGUGACCCGCUCUAGAGCAUCUCCGUGAAGGCUGAGAGGAUGUCAGCUUUCCAUGGCGUGUCAUUAGGCGUUUCUUCUGCCACCCUGCUUGUGCCUGCUGUUCUUUCAUUCUCUUGCUUCUGGGCACAGCCCUCACCUGUGACGCUGUCAUAUGGAUGUGAUGACUGGUUUCACAUCCUUGAUUUUCCAGAACAGAUUUCACUGUCUGUCCUACCGUUCCAUAAGUGCAAAUGUGCUUGUCUGACCAUGAGUCUGUCCUUUGAUUUGGAAAAUUCUGUUCAUUUAGAUUUGGGACUGAGGGGGAGAGAGUGCGAAUGAGAGCAAGCGAGCAAGUGAGAGAGAGACUGUGUGUGUGUGUGUGUAUUUCACUCCUAAGACAUAUAUUGAGCAUCUGUUAUGGGCUCUGAGGUUACAAAGAGGAACAUAGCACAGAUCUUUCCCUUGGGGUAGCUCACAGUUUGGGGCUUGGAAGAGACAGAAGGGUAAACAAAUAAAUUCCAGACAGCACUGACUGUUACCAAGGAGAACACCCAGGCCCACAGUGGAACACACAGGGAGGCUGUAACUCUCCCGGAAGGGUCUGAGACAUCUUCCUGGACGUGUGCUGCAGAUAGCUGAGUCUGGAGGAAUGAGUAGACAGCGUUUCAGGGAACUACAGGGAAUGGACAAUGGGGGUAGCAUAUACAGCAUCGGAGAGGCAGGAAACAGUGCCUGGCAUUUAAGAAGCUGCAAGAUGAGAGGCAGCCUGGCUGAGACGAGCACGGCCUGGGGUCUGACAAACCCAAGUCAGGACUGGGACGUCACCUGCCUGUGCCUAUCAGCUCAUUCCAGAGUAGGAACUUCAAUAGGGCUGUUGCUGAGAAGACACAAAGAAACUAGCCCACUUUGUGCUCCUAGCAGAUUCUCAAUAAAUGGCGCCUCUCUGGCAUCCAGGCCCUAUAGCAGAAGUUGGGGUGCUGGCUGGAGAAGCACUCAGGAAAUGAAGCUGGAAAGGUGAGUGUGACCAAAUCACAAAAGGUGUUUUGCGAGGCAUCACACACAGUCUCCUUGUGGGGCAUAUAGUGAAAUGAUAGCCUUUCUCCCUGGAAGAAUGCACCUUACACAAUCUUUUUUAUACAACUGAAGGUGUUUGAAGUCCAUGGUGGCUGUUACAGGAGGUUAAGCACCCUCCUAUGGACAGUGGGGGCCAUUGACGGAUUUUAGGCACAAGUGUGGCAUGAUCUAACUUCCAUUUUUGAAAGAUCACACUACUGGUGGCCGUGUGAAGGUUGGACUAGAGGUUAGACAGAAUCUAAGACCCAUGAGUCUAGAGGUACAGGUGAGUGAUGAGACAUGGAAGUAGAGAUGGAAAAGAGGGAAUCAAUUUCAGAGCUACUUAGGGAUAAAACUGGAUAAGAUUUUAUGGCCAAUUGGAGUUUGAAAUUGAUCACCAUGUUUCUGGUUGCCUGGUGCCAUCAAUCAGGACAGAGAAUGCAGGGACAGGAGCAAUGAUAGGAGCAGGCAUGGUGGGUUCUCUAGAGACAGAUUGAGCCUGAACUUGUGGGUGGUGAGGUGGUGAUGCCCCAGUCAGCAGGUGGACAUUGGGGUCUGGAGCUCAGAAGCCUGGGAUAGUUUGGAUACAGAUUUGGGAACCCUCAGAGAACAGAAGGUGGUUGUAGAUGGACAUAUGGAUGGGGUGUUGAGUGUGAGAAGGCAGAGGUGGGAACCCGGAGGAACCUCUUUACGUUGGGAGCUGAUGUGUAAGCAGGAAAAAGAGCAGGCCUGGCUGCAUCUUUAGAUG